GUGGGCUCCACCGAAAAUUGGGAGCUUCUUGUGGCGUUUCCGUUAGGCAGAGGAACCUCUCUAAACCAGGAAAAUGGUUGGCGAUUCAGACCAUUUCUGCAGCCAAUGAUGCCAUUGCGAUUGAAGAAAUAGUGGAUUUGCGGGUGAUAUCGCCUUGAUUUUACCGAAUUCGAAGCUUGUGCAGGAGAUUUCGUCUUCCAGAUAAGUUUUCUGAUCAGAAUUGUGAUUCUUGUAAACAAAGCUGCAUUUUUUUAAUCCAGAGGAGCGCAUUUUUCCAGGUGCAUUGGGAUACAUUUGGGUUUCUUAGGUGGAAUUUAGGGCAUUGAUGAUUGUUUUACUGAAAGCAGAACUGCUUUUUGUUUCAUUUAUUGUUUUGGAUUGAUUCUCGUACAGAGAAGUUCGGUCCCGGUCCUCACAGAAAAGAGACCGAUCUUCUUUUAUUGAAUGUUUUUAAUAGGUUAUCGAUUAGAGCCGUGAGGGUUUGUUUGGAAGAGAAAACAGGAAUUCUGGGCAUUGUGCUGUUCUGGUUGUGGGUUUGCAAUGGGGAAAUCUGGAGGAAAGAAGAAGAAGGGUAGCAAAUCAGGAGAGCCAAGCGAGAGUGCCGAUGAAAAGGACACAGCUGUCUCCAUUGCUAUGGCUGAGGAAUUAAAGGAUGAGGGGAAUAGGCUGUUUCAGAAGAGAGAUCAUGAAGGAGCCAUGAUAAAGUAUGAGAAGGCCCUCAAGUUGCUUCCGAAAGACCAUAUAGAUAUUCCCUACCUUCGGAGUAGCAUGGCGGCUUGCUAUAUGCAGAUGGGCAUCGGUGAGUUUCCCAGGGCGAUAAAAGAGUGCGAUUUGGCACUUGAAUCCUUCCCCAAGUACAGUAAAGCUCUCUUAAAAAGAGCAAGGUGUUAUGAAUCUCUUAAUAAGCUGGAUUUGGCAUUCAAAGAUGUUAAUUCUGUUUUAAACAUCGAAACGAAUAAUAUUAUGGCGCUGGAAAUUGCACAAAGGGUGAAAAAGGAGCUUGAGAAGAAAGGUCUCAAGGUGGAUGGUGAAGCUAUUGUUUUGGCUCCAGAAUACGUUGAACCACCUCCUUCGAGCAAAGUAAUAAAAGAGAAAAGAAAAAAGAAGAUUGACAAGGAUAAGGAGAAGAAAGCCGAAGACCAGGUGGUUGUGGAGGAUACUGUUUGUAAUUCCGAAGAAGUCAAAGAAGAAGUAACCAUGAGGACUAUAAAACUUGUGUUUGGGGAGGACAUAAGGUGCGUGCAUGUACCUUCCAAUUGCAGCAUUCUGCAGGUAAGGGAUAUAAUUCAAGAUCGAUUCCCAAGCUUGAAGGCUGUUCUCAUUAAAUACAAGGAUCAAGAAGGUGACUUGGUUACAAUCACCUCUACCGUAGAGCUGAGGUGGGCUGAAGCAUCAGCUGAACCACAGGGUUCUAUCAGGCUGUAUGUUGUAGAAGUUAACCCUGAACACGAACCAUUGCUGGAUAGAGUGGAGGUUAAUACGCUUGGGAGAAACAAAAAAAGCAUUGUGAAGAAUGGAAAUGCAAGAAAUGUUGGGGAAAUGCAAACAGGGUCCUCUCAUAUUGAUGACUGGAUCAUCCAAUUUGCUCGGCUGUUCAAGAACCAUGUUGGGUUCAAUUCAGAUGCAUAUUUGGACCUUCAUGAGAUGGGUAUGAAGUUCUACUCAGAGGCUAUGGAGGAUACUGUUACGAGUAAAGCAGCACAGAACUAUUUUGAUACUGCAUCAGAGAAGUUCCAGGAGAUGGCAGCCUUAGCCUUAUUCAACUGGGGAAAUGUUCACAUGUCCACAGCAAGGAAGAGGGUGUUAAUCGAAGAAAAUGAUUCAAAAGAAAAUGUACUUGCCCAGGUUAAAACUGCAUAUGAGUGGGCACAAAAGGAAUAUGUUAAGGCAGGAAUUAGAUAUAAAGAAGCUCUAAGGAUCAAAUCUGACUUCUAUGAAGGCCAUCUUGCACUUGGGCAGCAACAGUUCGAGCAAGCAAAACUUUCUUGGUACUAUGCUAUUGGGACCAAGGUUGAUUUGGAGACAUGGCCCUCUUCAGAGGUACUACAGCUUUAUAACAGUGCUGAGGACAAUAUGGAGAAGGGUUUCAAGAUGUGGGAGGAGAUGGAAGAGGAGAGUCUGAGCAAAAUUCUCGAAAGUAACAAGGUUAACAAAACUUCCAAAUGGGGAAAGGUUAAAGUACAAUUGCAUAAAAUGGGGUUGGAAGGACCAUUCAAAUAUAUCUCAGUAGAAGAAGCUUCAGAGCACGCUGCAAAUAUGAGAUCUCAGAUAAACCUUUUAUGGGGUACCAUUCUGUAUGAGCGAUCUAUUGUUGAAUUCAAAUUAGGGAUACCUGUAUGGGAUGAAUGUUUGGAGGCUGCAGUUGAAAAAUUUGAACUUGCGGGAGCCUCUCAAACAGACAUUACUAUUAUGUUAAAGAGCCACUGUUCCAUUAAAACUGCAGUGGAAGGCUUAGAUUUCAAGAUGGAUGAGAUAGUACAGGCAUGGAAUGAGAUGUAUGAUGCUAAAAGAUGGCAGAGUGGCAUUCCAUCCUUCCGUUUGGAACCAUUAUUUCGAAGGCAGGUUUCAAAGCUUCAUCAUAUCUUGGAGCAUAUUUGAGUUGUAGCUCCUUCAGUUAGCAGGAUCGAGGUUUAAACUGAAAUUGUAUAGGACAUUGGGAGACUCAUAUGCACUACUCCAUUGUCCUGAAACUGCACUGAUGCUGACUUAGAGCUCAUUGUCACUUGGGCUGUCACUCAUGUUAUUGUAAAGGAGAGAUUGAAGAUUCUAGUUUUGUAAUGGAGUUUCCUUUGGUUGAGCUUGGGAGCUGUUGUAUCAAUCACCUUUCAUUUGAGGAAGAGGCUCUUAUUACAAAGAUAAAGAAGAGCUCAGAUUGCCUGGAGAAUACAAGUUCAUAUCUGUGGUCAUCUAGGGAGGCUCAGCCCCUGCAAUCAAAUGGUUUAGAAGGGCCUGUAAAACAAGUACAGCGGUUUUGGUCUAUGAGCUUCCAAAAGUUGGACAGGAGUGGACUGAUUCUCAAAUGGGAUUAUGGGAUUAAAUCUCGAAUCUCUCAGAAAUUCCCCCUGAGGUGGGUUCAGGUGCCCUAUUUAUAGGAAGAGACUGUCAUGCUGCCUGUAUGCAUCCUAGGGUAGAGUUCUAAAAUAUCCUCUCGGGGGAAAAGUUCUUUAGUCUGUUAUGCCAACUCAACAUUAGUGGUUCAACAUGAGAGAAUCUGGUACUGACCGGUGCAGCUUUCCCAAUCUCACCAUGUGUUGUUACCAUCUUAUGUCUCGCUGAGAUUAUUAUGUUGUAACAUAUGAAAAAGCGAGUUCUCGCUUGGGAUUUGCACAUGACUGCACGUC